AUGGAGGAGCAGCUGCCCAAGUGCGAAGAUCUGGCAACUUCGAAAUCAUCAGAAACCGAAAACCCAGCUGCGCAAGUGGCACCGAAAAUCGAUGAGAAACCUGAACCGAUACAGAAACCUAUCGUUGAAUCUAGUAAAGUAGAACCAUCGCUGCCGAAAUCGAUUCAAAAAACAGAAGAGAAAAAAGUGGAAGAGCCAGCAAAGAAACCACUGGCAGAAAUGAAAUCUGAAAAAUUAGCCGAAGGAACGGGUAAAACAGAAACCGAGAAGUCUAGAAAUGAUGGCGAUUCGCAGCAGCAGCAGCAGCAGCCAGCAAGGCGGCGGUGCACCAUACUGUGA